AUGCCGGGGAUGCUGACCGUGGCGCUGCUCUCGGUGGGCGUGUCCCUGUCGCUCUGCGUCGUGCCCGCGCUAGCACGUCUCACGGUCUUUCCCCUGCUCUUGGCGCUCGUGCACAAGUUCGCAGCCGCGUAUGCGACGGACAGCGUCCGCAUUGAGUUUUGCUUUGGCUCGUGUGCCUUGCGCAAGCACCGCAGUGCCGACUCGGAGCUCGCGCGUGGCGUCACGAUCUCGCUCUUCUUUGUCACGGUGCAGAGCGAGUUCCUCAAGUCACUGGCGUUUGCCAAGCAAGGACUCGCACCUGAUGAGCUCCAGCGCGUGGCGAUUGAGAAGAUUGAGAUUCAUGUAACCACGACGUGGAAAAUGGUGGUGAAACUCGAGGGCGUGAGUGUAGACGGCCGGAUCGUGGACCCCAAUGUGGACGGCGUGUUUGAGCUGCAAGACGCGGUGGCAAUGAAGCUAACUGAAGCGGCGAAUUGGAUCACGCUGCUAGAUGUAGAGCGUAAGAAAACAGAGCUGAGACAGAUUGCGGCACAGGUGGACAUCCACGUCAGCAAGUUGCGAGUUACUGUCACGGAACUGACUCCUGGAGCUGCUGCCGUUGACGGCCAUGAUGAAGUAAACGAAGAGAAGGAUGGCAUGGAUGCAGACGAGGCCAGAAAUGGCUCGAUCUUCGGGCUUCUGUUGAAACCUACACGCGUGAGCUUUGCUCUGAACUCGUGUGACGUGUUGUCGGAUGUGUUGCACGAAAACGUAGACGAGGCGUUGCAACUUAUCUUGACGUCAGAGGAGAUCAAGGUGGAGCACGCUAUGAGCAUGAAAGGCGGGAGCAUCUGUGCUACUGUUGUAGACGGUGAAGACGGAAGUGAAGAGACCGUAGUGGAGAAGAAGGUGGACUUACUGAAGGGCAAAAGGGAAAAGAGCCCUGGCGAAAAACCACUACUGUCCUUUUCAAGUUUGGCCGUAAAGCUGCAUGUACCACCCAUGCCACGAGUACUAGGUAUCGUGGAGGACAUCGCUCCUAUUUCGAUGAUGAACCGUGGGGCGCAAGUGGAGCUACUAUCUUCAUCGACGAUCAACAUCUCGAUCACACGUGAGUUGGUGGUGGGAGUACUUCGCGACCUGGUCGUUCCAUACAAUGACCACCAGGUGCUAGUGCAGUCGGUGCGAACGCUGGAACAUGAUGAAAGUGUUCGCAAGCCCAUGUUUGAGGAGGGCGAGAUAUUUUAUGUGAGCUAUUUCAACAAGGAGGAUAGUAACAAGUCGCUAUCUAGCCAACAGAAGGCGGAGAUUAAUGAAAAAUUGCGCACACUUGAAAUAGCGAUGUCGCUGAACAAUAUUCUUAAGCUGCGCAGUCGGGCGACUGGAUUGGCCAAGUGCUACCGCCGUGAUCAAGACGAGCUUACCCUUGCUGAUGUCAAGGCAAUCGUGCUAGAGAACGCAACUAAGACAAGCAACAUUAUGUUCAGGGUACUGCAGAUCGCGUUGCGCUCGGACAGUAUCGUGAUUGGGUUUGUAGAAAGGGGUCACCAAGUCUCAGAGAUGGCAGUGGUCGGCUUUGGCGCCAAUGUGCACACCUAUGCAAUUGCGGAAGGUGAGGAAAAGCAGAAACUGGACGUGGAUGUGGUCGUGGGCCAGACGACGUUUUUGGUCAACGUCGAGUCUUCGGCUCCCAAAACUGUUGCUCCCACGGAAAAGCUACUGUUUGCGGACUUUGGCAAUGUGGCAACAGACUUGAACAAUGUAAAGGUGAUCCUGGCAGUGGGCGCGCUGGUACGCUUUUUGCUGUAUGUGGAUCGACUGAGCACGAAGUCUGCGCAAGUUCUGUCGACUGCGCGUCCACCUCCAACACCGGCUACUUACUCUGAGCAAUUGCCUGUGUCGGUGGAUAUUGCCGAAAGUGAGAUGGAGACGAUGACGAAGGAGGUACCAAUGUCUUCGUUCAGCUUGUUUGGUGAGUUAUUGCUGAAACUUGACGUCAGCAUGAGCGACUGCCGCAUCCUCUUGCUUCCUACUCCAUCUUAUUCAAAGUCACUGUAUACGGAUAUGGAUGUGGAGACAUGGCAAAAUGACUACGAAGUGGACUGUCACGGGGAUAUACCAGUGACAUUCAGCAUUUGUCUCGAAAGCUCUAAGGUAAAGGAGUCGAUGGAGUUCAACGCGCAAAGUUUUAGUAUCGGUGCGCAAUACGUUCAUAACGCCGAGGAGAUGGAAACAAUCCUGGCCCCAACAAAUGUGACGUUGCACUACGCGCUAGAACAAGACUCCGUAGACUCUUUGACGUGCCACCAGAGCAUUAUGGUGCACAUGCCAGAUGUCUUAGUUUCUGGAUCAGACCUGAGUUUGUCGCUGUUGGCGUCUUGUGUUGAAGCACUUGGCGAGCUUCUUCUAUUAUUGCGCCGCGUCAAGAUUGGUGAUACGUUACUUGAGAGCGAGUUAGGGUAUCUGGGAUGUGCACUCUUCAAAGAAAUCGAUCAGGACGGCGACGGGUUUCUGGAAUUCCAAGAGCUACGAGCAUACUUGCGUGAUGACCUGUUGUCCGAUAACUCUGUGGCAGCUUCGGGCGCACCGUCGGGGGAUGGCAGCAAUGCUCUCAGUGGCUUUCUUAAUUUGCGCGGAAGCGAGUACAAUUCGUCCGAAGCGAUCAACAAGAUGAGCGAGACGAAGAUUGCGUGUUCUGAACAACUCGCAGAGUGGAUUCAGCGUCCUGUGUUUGUCGAACGGUUUUGGGAGCUGUUUGAGAGUGAAGCUCACCUUACUAAACGCUCCCUGUGUGAUCAGGAUCCGCUGGAUGUGCAAAAGAAGUUAGUACGUUUGCUGAAUAACUACGAUGCCGCAAAUCUCAUGUGGGAUGCUUUGGUUUUGCCUGUGUUGGAAGAUCUUUGUACGGACCACGCCUUUUGCGAGUGGCUACUGCAACCAUUCACACAUUGCGGAGGUCUCAUAGAGUACCAGAGUGCGGCGAAAGUUAUCGCAAAAAAGAAACGCGGUAUUUUUAGUGCAGCCAUGAAUGAAGCAGAACAUUUGAUUAGCAAGCUUACACAGAGCGCCAACCCGGUGAAGAAGGAGUUGCGGCUUACGACGGACGUACGAAUGGGGAACCUGCGGCUCGUUCUAACGGACACAGAGUUGCCCACUCGUUUCUGUCGUGGUGAUUUCGUCAUCAAAGAUGUGAAAUUGUCAGUGAGGUUGACUGGCAAAGAGAUCGAUGAAAAUGGUCCCGUAGAUUGGGUCGGUUUGGCUACAUCUGGCGAUUCCGACUGGAUGGGGCUGUUUGGGUUCAAGCUGUCGUCGUCAUGUUAUAGUGAAGCUGCUGCUGACAUGGAAUUCAUCAUUGAGCAGCGGGAGCUGGUUGUAGGCCUGUCUUCUAGCGAUGGCGAGAAUGGGUUUUCAGUGACAAUGGAGGCUACAAAAUGA